AUGGACAACCACUUUCCCUCUGAUGAUCAUUUCCACCCUCAUUUACCCAAUCACGGCAUUCCCUCCGACCAGCAUGCGCUUUACCGCAUACCCAGCUCCCAGUCGAUGGGCCCUGCAGCUUCUCCAGGACAGGCUACGUCCCUGUAUCCCGCUCCCGUGAUGCAGCAACGCCGGCCUUCCAUGGAGCAAGAUAUGUACGCCAGUUCGUGUAUUCCCCCCUCCUGCCUUCCCCCCGGGACCGACCCGACAUCUGUGGACUUUCGCACCUUCUAUCCCUACGUUCCAAAUGAAGUGAAGCACCGGAGGCGGACGAGCCGGCAGCAAUUGAAAGUCUUGGAAGCUACCUUCAAGGACCAGACGAAGCCGAACGGCGUGUUGCGAAAAAGGCUCGCGCAGGAGCUCCAUAUGACUCCGAGAAGUGUGCAGGUAUGGUUUCAGAAUAGGCGUGCAAAAGAGAAGACGUUGGCAAACAAGAAAUCAGACGCCAAAGGCAACAAAGGCAAGCCCGAUAACAGCCCGAUUCCAGAAGAUAUGCCGUCUCCGUCGCAUUCAUCUGCUUCCGACCUUCGGACAAUGUCUGAACGUACAGAAUCGCCCGAAAUUGUGGAGGUCAAGGGACCAGUGUCCGCUCCAGAGAUGUCCUCACCGGAGCCCGCCAGCGAGUCACCAGCAGCUCGCCCGAUAGCUCCCCGCUUGCCCUUGCAAAGCCAUUCAAGCCCAGCCUUCUCGACGAUACCGGAGAACAGCGGUAGCAUCCAUUGUCGGCACCCAAUGCUGUCUGACAAUGAGCUCCAGAACUUCCGUCGAGGCUCCUUGCCGACGAUUGUGUAUCGAAACCUGCCUGGUCCAUCGGACGAGUCUUUGGCAAAGAGGCGGUCUUCUGUUGAUGCACGGGCACCGCCCAUCAGCAACUUCCCGCCGGACUACAACGAAUCUACAGACCUCAAGGCGUAUUCUUUCCCAUCUUCUGCUCGAAAGGAAGGAGACAGUGUGGACGACUCUUCGUCGUCGUAUGACCAAUCCAUAUCGCCACGCGGUUCAAUCUCGUCUGUCGCCGAUAGCGAGUCGAGUGUGACGAGCGCCUGGUACUCUGAUGUUGGAAGCGUGGGAUGUGGUUCUGUCGAGUAUCCUCACGGGUUCCAUCCUGAUUCGCGUAGGGAGUCUUGUGCCUCUGGUAUUUUAGUCGCAUUUUCAGGGCUGGACGUCGGUGGUUCUCCGAGCGCUGCGACAUUCUCGCCGCCGGACGGACAAGCUGUGGACGCGUCGGCGUCCCCGCAUCAGCCGGACCAAGACAGCGCAGGAAGUCCUCGGAUGGAGGAACCUGCUCAGUCAAUCCCGAUAUCUACAUCGAGCGAGCUGGCGCAUGCGUUCGCGGUGAAGCAGGAGGAGUUCCCGAAGACCCAUACUAGUGGAAGCGAUGGUGGGUUCAUGAAUUCCAGUUUGGGUACAGGGAUGGUCGCGGAAGACACGAAAGUCGGCCCCGCAGGCGGAUGUCCAAGCCUCGUCGGCUUCGUCUUCUGA